GUGCUCUUUGAUGGAUAAACCAUUAUUCUCGACAUUAUUAUUUCACAUGGUAUCAGCAGCCUAGGUUUUCUACCCUCGCACCUAUGUCAAUCAAUUCUACUCUCUCUGCGGCGCCAUCUUCUGCGCCAGCCACGACGGUUACAACAUUGGCACCCAACACCUCCAUGGUGCUGCCGACCUCAUCUGCUAUGUCAUCAUCACCACAGUCAUUCUACGCCUCUCGGCUUACAUUGUCGCCGCCUCCAACUUUUGGCUUGCACCAGUUGUUUGAUAUGCCAGAAUCCUUCACGUGGACUCCGACUGCUGCCACACAGCCUGUUGUUCUCCAGGCUCCAAGCCAAGAGUUGGCGGCGACAAUGUAAGCCAAGACUAUGCCAGAAUCCAAAACUAACCGGACUCCGACACCUAUAAACUGUUUCCCAGUCAGUUUUUUCGGUUGUACCAUGUCCGGUCAGCCAGGAAUUCACAUGUUGGACUCUUCUCCCCUGUUGUGGCAACCUGGCUUCACGGUAACAUCAACUCCCCUCUCCACUUUGUCAUCUCAAUUAACUUUUGCUACAUCCAAUGUUACCAAUAUUGUUACCACCCGGUUGGCUGUGGUUGAGGAUUAUUUGUCAAGACGCGUGCAGUUUGAAUCAUUCUUAGUGUCUCAUGGCCUUUUGGGAAUUUUAUAUGGCUCAAUUCCUGCACUCUCGCUCACUACAUAUGACAAUAUUCGCCGCCAAACUCCUAACCACAAAUAUCAUCACUGGCUUAAAAUUGAUAAACUAUACCUGAGGUCAUGGUUAUGUGUUACUCUCUCCCGUGAUAUAUAUUUUGGUAGAGGUUCAUGACCUCAUUUUUCCGCCUAAAUUUGGGAGCGUUCGGAGACACGAUUUAUGUCCGCCUGUCUUGUUCGAGCCAUGGAACUCAAAAUGAAUUUUAUUCAAUAUCUAAGAAAAAAGAGACCCAGACCAUGUAUGAAUAUUUAGUAAUCAUGGUCUUCUUCAACAAACAAUUUUGAGCUCAAGGACCUGAUUAUGAAUCUCUUCUCACGACGUUAACCCUCUUCCCGGCUAAGUUUAUUAUUGACAGUCUUCGUCCUCUUUUAUUAGCAUGGGAACAACGUGCUAUUCAUCUCCGGUCUCAAGAGUCUGGCCCAAGACAUCAUGUGUUCUGAAAGGUUAUAUUUUUAUUUGAUAUUCACAGUGACCUUCACAAUUAGAAUAUAAAGAUUGAUCUGCACUGUUAAGCACAUCUUGAAAUCUCAUGCCUAAUGUAUCAACAUCAUAACCAUAUGAUUUCGGUCUCUCAUCCGCAUUAUUUUGUCCCACAAACUCAUUAUUUAGAUGAGUAUUGUGAAAAGUAGAAGGACCGAUCAAAUCAUUAUAAACCAUUCUUUGAUCCCAAGGCAUUUCUUCAUAAUUGCUCCAAGUGGACAUCUUAUCUGGAACAUAACGAGAUGUUCUUACAGUUUGCGGCAAAAAAUAGGACUCUAACGGCUCUCCUUGGGAAAUCCAAUCGUAAUAAUUGUCUAUAAAACCACUUGUAUAUAAAUGCCAACAUCAUCAUUUUCUAAAAAAAUCUAUUUUUACACUUCAUACAUGGGCACACUAUUUUACUUCCAUCGAUGUAUUGAGGUUGUCCUCGUGCAAAUUUAACAAAUUCAUCAACUCCUUUACUGAACUCUUCUCUCAAUCAUCUACUUUUAUCAAUUAUACACCCAACUUCUAUUUUCUCUAUGCAUUAUGCUUGAAUAUUAGAAAAACAUAUAUAAAUAUUUUUUUAUUAAUAUUGCGAUUAAAUACUACCUUCAUCUCUAAUUGGUUUGCAAAAUUGACUUUUCUUUGUCUAACAGUUUCAUUUUAUUC